AUGGCGGACACCAAUAGCAGUAAUCCUCAAUCACUGGGGUUUACUGAGAAAUUAAAAUCGUGGCUGUCAUGGUCAUGGACUUAUGUGUGUGCCGUUUGGUUUGCCAUGGUUCUAACUAUGAUAUACGUCCUCCGAAGCCCUCUGAAACUGCAGGAAACGGUCACAGCAGCUUCGGUAUUUUUGAACACCCUGACGCCCAAGUUCUAUGUAGCGCUUACGGGAACAUCUUCACUUAUCUCUGGCCUUAUCCUGAUCUUUGAGUGGUGGUACUUCAGAAAGUAUGGCACAUCUUUCAUAGAGCAGGUAUCUGUGAGCCACCUUCGCCCUCUGCUGGGCGGAGUGGAGAAUAGCAGUUCCUCUGGGGGCCUCUUUUCGCCGGUCAAUGGAGAUGCCGAACUCAGACCCAGCGUGUCAGAAUGUAAAGUCUGGAGGAAUCCACUAAACCUCUUCAGGGGAGCAGAGUAUAACAGGUACACCUGGGUGACCGGUAAGGAGCCGCUGACGUACUACGACAUGAACCUGUCUGCUCAGGACCACCAGACCUUCUUCAGCGUGGACACUCAGCAACUCAGGCCAGAGGACGCAGUAAUGCAAAAAGCCUGGAGGGAGAGGAAUCCACAGGCUCGCAUCCGAGCAGCCUACCAGGCCAUCGAGCUCAACCCAGACUGUGCGGCCGCCUAUGUGCUCCUUGCCGAGGAGGAGGCCACCACAAUUACAGAGGCAGAACGACUCUUCAAACAAGCACUUAAAAGUGCAGGCCGAGACAGUAACCUGCUGGUGUACAUCAGGCGUCGGCUGGCCAUGUGUGCCCGCAAGCUGGGCCGCAUCAAAGAGGCCAUCAAGAUGAUGAGAGACCUAAUGAAAGAGUUCCCGUUGCUGGGGAUGCUAAACAUCCAUGAGAACCUUCUAGAAGCACUGCUGGAGCUGCAGGCAUACGCUGAUGUGCAAGCAGUACUCGCCAAAUAUGACGACAUCAGUUUGCCAAAGUCAGCAACGAUAUGCUACACAUCAGCACUGCUCAAAGCACGGGCAGUAUCAGAUAAGUUCUCUCCAGAGGCAGCCUCGAGACGAGGCCUCAGCACCGCCGAAAUGAACGCAGUAGAGGCCAUACACAGAGCGGUGGAGUUCAACCCACACGUACCAAAGUAUUUAUUAGAGAUGAAGAGUCUGAUCCUGCCCCCGGAGCACAUCCUGAAGAGGGGGGACAGUGAGGCCGUGGCCUACGCCUUCUUCCACCUGCAGCACUGGAAGAGGGCCGAGGGAGCCUUAAACCUGCUGCACUGCACCUGGGAGGGCACCUUCCGGAUCAUUCCCUACCCUCUAGAGAAGGGCCACCUAUUCUACCCCUACCCAGGUUGCACAGAGACAGCAGACCGGGAGCUGCUACCAUCGUUCCACGAGGUGUCUGUGUACCCCAAGAAGGAGCUGCCCUUCUUCAUCCUCUUCACGGCCGGCCUGUGCUCCUUCACCGCCAUGCUGGCCAUGCUCACACACCACUUCCCAGAGCUCAUGGGGGUCUUUGCCAAAGCCUUCUUCAGCACCCUCUUCGCACCCCUUGGCUUCUUCGCAGACAAGAUCGAGGGUUUCAUGCUGACGCGGAUCUGAAGCUCCAAAACUCUCCACGACGUACAGACUCGCACAUUACUCAUGCAGUGCACACUCCCAUAGGAACACACACACACACACAGACACACACACACACACACACACACACACACACACACACACACACACACACACACACGCACUCACACACUCUCACACACUCCAACUCCGAUUCCAUCCCCAAACAUUCCAUACAGGAAUCACAGUACACACACUGGACAACAUAAGACCUGCUGAUUAGGGCAAAGCCUCCUUCCAACAACUACUGUAUACACACACACACACACAGUCAAGACAUUUUCACAGAAACAAUAUGUUCACUUCUGUCCUUCUGUUUGCCGCGGAGCUGGGCUGCCACAUUGGCCACCUCAGGUACAGAGAGUCAGUAUCUUGUUCUUUGUGUGCGGAGAUCACGGGAUAUACUAUGAGGUUUAUGAAUUGACAUGUGAUUGCCAUGAAUAGUUUCUCACCAUGCUUUCUUAAAGAAUCCCAGUUUUUACGAAUCAUAAACACCGUCAUGCCAAACACACAACAUACUAUAAGUCACACAGCAGCAGAUUUCAUUUUUCCAUAAGAUGCUCUUGUCCGCUUUUGAUCUGCCGAUCUAAUCGCAGCCAAACAGGAGCAGACCUUGCAGCUGAUAUGCUCUCUUAUCAGACCCUAGUGCAGGCCAUCUCGUAUCUGAUCUAAACACACGCACACACACACACACACACACACACACACACACACACACCUACAAACGCACACAUUUUCUCUUCCUUGUUCACAGCUGUGGUCUGGGAUUCACCAACCCUUCUGUCCAAGCUCACAUCCAAUGCCCACGUGCAGUCACACACACACACACACACACACACACACACACACACACACACACACACACACACACACACACACACACACACACACACACGGUCUUAAGCCCCCUUGUCAUAAACCUAUGGGCCUGCUGCCUCUUCGGGCCACAUUCCAGUGCAAUGGCGUGCCUGUGCGAGACGAGCAGGGUGGUGCCGGGGUGGAGAAUCUGGGGCGGAUCCGGUGCAGGUCCGGGUUUACAGACCAGGCCCGAAUCAGAGACGUAGGAUCAUGCGAGAGAGGUUCUCAGAUAUUGGAAUCCGAACAUGCAGAAACCCAUGCUACCACUGUAUGUUCGAGUCUACUCGCACGUACACAAACACCCUCACUUCUCACUCGCACAUAUGCACACACACACACAAACACACACACACACACACACAGUCUUUCAUGCCUUCCAAUCACACACAAGAUCCGCUCAAAGGCCCCCAGCCCAAGCCCUGGCUAACACGCUCAUUCGUGAGGUCCUCCGGUGAUUUAGUGUUGGCCUGGGGAGGCUGUGUAGUGUGUACACAACCCUUCUGACCUGCUACCAGAGGGGGGUUGGCCUGGAUUGAUACUUUGGCACUCCCCAGUACUGUUGCAACCCCGAUGGGUCACACAGCAGCAGCAGCUCCGUAGAAAGCUGCUGCUACAUGCCCAUGUAGGAUCAUGGUGAGGAAUGAAUUUGUUGCAUCAAAAAUGCAAUACACUUCAUCUACUCCUCACUGUUCAAAAAAAAAAUCAGGAUGUUCAUGGCGAUGGGCAUCACUGUGUGCUUGUGUCUAUCCAUUAGAAAUGUUCCUUCCACAACUUGAGAAAAGCCGUGGUCAGAGCAUCACGCUGCUAGUGAGGCUGGAUGCUGGACUGCUGGUUCCAGUGCAGCUCAGUUUGUCACCAUGUGACUGUGAAGUCAUGUUAUCAAUGGACACCCCACCCCACCCCCAACUGAGAGAUGCUACAGAAGAAUUAUUGUCCGUGCGGCUACUAAGUCCUACCUGAUAGUCCAACACAUGCUGCCUUCAGGGAAAGCUUUGCCCAUUUUAGAGACUCCAGUUUGGUCCAUGAAAAGAUGGUAGCACCUUCUUUGAAGGGGUCUACAUCAAGGGGGUUGGCUUAACUUCAUAAGAAUGACCUGGUUUGUGUCAGAAGCAUUAAUGACACAGUAAUGUUUAUCAUGACUUGUCACAAGGUGUCAUGCAGCUUUUGGAAUGUCAUGACACCCAGACAAUGUAAACUAGACAUUCCAAAAACUGAAUGGCACAUUAUGUCAACCAUCAUAAACAUCAAUAAUUUGUCGGUAACACUUUACUUGACGCCGGCAUCAUGCGUAUGACAUAACUGUGUCAUUAACGUAUGUCAUAAACAUGUCAUAAACAUUAUGUCAAUGUCAUAAACAUUGUAUUUGUGACUUUGUCACAACCAAAUUUUACGUAAAGACAAAGACAGGCAGAACAAUGUAAACUUUUCAUGGCCAUAAAACAUUUAUGACAUUGGCAUUAUGUUUAUGACUCAUUCAUGACACUAUUAUGACACUGUUAUGGCACUGUUAUGUCAUAUGUAUGACGCCGGCGUCAAGUGAAGUGUUACCAAUUUGUCAUUAAAGUUCUUGAUAUGGGUUAUGACGUUCUUAUGAUGGUUACAUGACGACCUUAUGAAGACCCCUUCAAAUAAGUGUUACCGAAGAGCUUUUCAAUUCACAUACUUAUCUGACAUGUGUCAGUUCAGAAAGAAUGUAAAAAAAAAUCCCUUUAGAAAUGUGCCUUCCAUUCCUGGCCCUAAUUGGUCGGUUUUAUUUAUUUAUUUCCUUGUUACCAAUUGGUGAAAUGGUCAGUUAUUUAUUCCAAACGUUUCUGCAAAAGCCUUAAACCUGGCACUAUGACGAAAGCCGUUUCAAACUGAGGACAGAAGUGAAAUUAUUGUCAACGUAGCAUUAAAACAGUUUCAUAUUGAAAUGGAGGUCUGGUCUCAACUUCUCAAGUCAAAAGGAAAAUGUCUUAACAUGGGAAAUCAUCGUAAUUAUAUUGUUUGCUAAACAAGCUGACAAUAAAGUGGUGCUUUAAUAGCAA